AUGCCAACAAAUGGGAUCCACCAGGUCUUGAAGAUCCAGUUUGGCUUAAUCAACUGUGAUAAUCGAUACCUAACAGCAGAGAGUUUUGGCUACAAGGUCAAUGCCUCGGCGCCCAGCCUGAAAAGGAAGCAAAUAUGGACCCUGGAGCAGGAUGGAGAGAGCUCUGUGGUCUUCUUGAAGAGCCACCUAGGUAGGUACUUAUCUGCUGACAAAGAUGGCAAGGUCUCAUGUGAAGCUGAGAAGCCGGGAAGCGAUGGACGUUUCAUUAGUAUCACUCAGUCGGACGGGCGCUGGGCACUUCAGUCAGAACCACACAAGCGCUUCUUCGGUGGCUCUGAAGAUAAUUUGUCCUGCUUUGCUCAAACCAUCACUGAAACAGAGCUCUGGACGGUCCACUUGGCCAUCCACCCUCAAGCUAAUCUCUUGAGCGUUAGCAGGAGAAGAUAUGCCCAUCUCAGUGCCCAAGAGGACGAGAUCUCCACCGACAGUAACAUUCCCUGGGGUGUGGACUCCCUCAUCACGCUCACCUUCCAGAACAAGAAGUAUUGUCUGCGAACGUGCGACAAUCGCUACCUGCGCAAUGAUGGCACCCUGGUCAAGGAGCCUGACCUUCGUGCUGGCUAUACACUGGAGUUCAAGGCAGGCAAGCUGGCCUUCAAGGAUUGUGAUGGGAAAUACCUUGCCCCCAUGGGUCCUACUGGCACUCUCAAAUCUGGCAGGAGCUCCAAGCCAGGUAAAGAUGAACUCUUUGAUCUGGAAGAGAGUCACCCACAAGUAGUUUUCAUGGCCUCCAACGGCAGAUACGUCUCCAUCCGGCAAGGUGUCAAUGUAUCAGCCAAUCAGGAUGAAGAGACACACCAUGAGACCUUCCAGAUGCAGAUUGACAAAGAAACCAAGAAGUGCAUCUUCCAUUCCCACACAGGCAACUACUGGACUCUGGUGUCACAUGGUGGGAUUCAAGCCAUGGCCACAGAAGUAUCAGCAAACACCAUGUUUGAUAUUGAGUGGCGUGGUCGGCGUGUAGCUCUCAAAGCUGGCAAUGGAAAAUAUAUCUGCACCAAGAGAAAUGGACAACUAGCUGCUGUCACUGACACAGUAGGGGAGGAUGAGGAAUUUGUUCUCAAGCUGAUCAACCGUCCCAUCCUGGUUCUUCAUGGGGACCAUGGCUUUGUGUGCUACCAUCGCAAUUCCAACAUGCUGGAUGCCAACCGCUCCACCUAUGACGUCUUCCAGAUCAUCUUCAAUGACGGCGCCUACCAGAUCAAAGGCCUAGGUGGCAAGUUUUGGUACGUGGCCAGCAAUGGCACCGUGUGCAGUGAUGGUGAAAGGUCUGAAGAUUUCUUCUUCGAGUUCCAUGAGAGCAGCCGCGUGGCCAUUAAGGGGAAGAAUGGCAAAUACCUUCGAGGCGACCAAGCCGGGACACUGCGUGCUGAUGCGGAGACCCUGCAUCGUGCUACACUUUGGGAGUACUGA